AUGAGAGAGUAUCCACCUGAGUCUUUGACCGGUGAGCAAAUUUACUCUGAGCGAUUGAGUGGUGUGAAUCCACCAAAAACGAAGGACGUCGGUGGAAAUGGUCAUGAAAAGAAGAUGCCGGGAUAUGGGAAGCAACACAACUGGCACAAAGAAAGCAUAUUGUGGCAGCUGCCAUACUGGAGGGACCUCAAUCUACGACAUAAUAUUGACGUGAUGCAUACAGAGAAGAAUUUUUUGGACAACAUCAUGUAUACUCUUAUGCGUGUGAAGGGUAAAUCAAAAGAUACCAUCAUGUCAAGAUUGGAUUUAGUGAAGUUCUGUUCUCGGCCACACUUACAUCUUGAUAGUAGGGGUAAAGCACCUUUCCCGGCAUAUGCAUUGACAGACGAAGCCAGAACAAGCUUAUUGGAAUGUGUGAAACACUCAGUUAAAUUCCCAGAUGGUUAUUCGUCAGACUUAGCUAGUUGUGUUGAUAUGGAAAAUGGAAAGUUUUCAGAACUGCUACACAGGAAUGUCCAGCUUGCGUUAUCAGGGGGUAAAUCAAAAGAUACCAUCAUGUCAAGAUUGGAUUUAGUGAAGUUCUGUUCUCGGCCACACUUACAUCUUGAUAGUAGGGGUAAAGCACCUUUCCCGGCAUAUACAUUGACAGACGAAGCCAGAACAAGCUUAUUGGAAUGUGUGAAACACUCAGUUAAAUUCCCAGAUGGUUAUUCGUCAGACUUAGCUAGUUGUGUUGAUAUGGAAAAUGGAAAGUUUUCAGAACUGCUUCACAAGAAUGUCCACCUUGCUUUAUCAGGAAAAGCAAAGAACAAAAGGUAUGCAGCAAGAUCAAUUGUUGAAUCAUAUAUCAAUGAAGAGAUUGCAUACUUCUCAGAGCACUACUUUGCCGAGAACAUACAAACAAAAUCAAGGUUAACAAGAUUUGAUGAAGGUGAAAACCCUGUAUAUCAUGUGCCUGGAGUGCCUUCUAUAUUUACUCACGUUGGCCGUCCAAGUGGGGAAAUGCAUGAAACAUGGCUCUCAAGCCGAGACUAUCAAUGCGCACACGCAUAUGUUUUAAGAAAUUGUGACUAUUUCAAGCCAAUUGAGAGUAUGUUCGAGGAUUUUCUUUCAGCAAAAUAUCCAGGACUUCCCGAGAAGGAACUCUCCGCCAAAAGAGCAGACGAAUAUCAUUUAUGGGUUAAAGAAUAUGUUACUUACUGGAACGCCACAAAUCCAUUUCCUACUUGGGUUCAAGAGAUAGUGCAUGGACCUUUGAACAAGGUCAAAACAUGGCCAAUGUAUUUUACAAGAGGCUAUUUGUUUCAUACAGAGAAUCACGGCGCUGGACGUAACACAUGUAACUAUGGGGUAUGUGCUAAGGGUGAAAAUUACACGGAUGAAUCUGAUGCAGCGGAUUUCUACGGAACCAUAACUGAUAUCAUAGAGCUUCAAUAUGAGGGGAUGGUUAAUUUGAGAAUCACUCUUUUUAAGUGCAAGUGGUAUGACCCUGUUAUCGGUAGAGGCACUCGGAUCAGCAAUGGUGGUGUCGUAGACGUACUUUCAACAAGAAAGUACAAUAAAUACGAACCAUUUAUUCUAGCCUCUCAAGCAGAACAAGUGUGUUAUAUUCCGUAUCCAUACGUUAAAAAACCGAAGCAAAUAUGGUUCAAUGUUCUAAAGGUGAAUCCGAGGGGAAACAUUUCUGGAGAAUAUGUCAACAGUUCAGAGACAACUCUUUUGCAAACCGAAAAUGAUGAUGCUGUAUUGAUGACUACAAUUGAAGAUAUUGUACUUGACAAUUUGGAAGAGGAAGUUAACCCAAUAAAUCUAGAUUACGGCGUUGAGGAUGUGGAACCUGAAGAUGAAUUCUUGUGUAAUUUAUCAUCUUCGGAUGAUGAAGAACCAGAUGAUGAAGAAUCCUCCUAAUUAUGUCUAUGUCAAAUUUGUGG